AUGGUGGUGUUAUUCGAAGAUCCACGUCAUCUUCCUUUAGGAACAUUUCUUAUGCAAGUUUUUAUCACAUUGGUUGUAUGUAAGUUUCUUGCUAAACUACUUUCUUUUAUUCGACAACCACAAGUUAUUGGACAAAUUAUUGCUGGUAUCAUUUUUGGUCCAUCCGUUCUCGGUAAUAUUCCUGCAUGGACAAAUGCAAUAUGGCCAGAAAGCAGUCUACCAACAUUUUCACUUAUUGCUAAUUUGGGUUUAAUCUUUUUUAUGUUCUUUUUGGGACUUGAACUUGAUUUAGAUCAAAUUAAAAGAAAUUGGAAAACUACGAUACCUGUUGCUGCUGUCAGUAUUAUAAUUCCUGUGGGAAUUGGAUGUGCAGUUUCACUUUGGCUUUACGAAGACAACGGAGGCUUGAGUACAAGCAAAACAGCUUUUAUUCUUUUUAUUGGUAAUAAAUUAAAUAUAUACAUACAUGUAUAUACAUAAUAUUUUAUGUGUUAGGUUCAGGCUUUGGUUUUUCUGCUUU